AAGAGAGGGGGAGAAAUAGGAGAGGGAGAUAAGCUCACUCCAGAGGAGAACUCCAUCCAUCCAGAGAGGCAGUGCGAUAGCUACUGGAAGAGGAAGGUGCUUUGCAUCCAGAAAGACACUUCUGAAGCAUCAGAAGAAAGAAGCUUUUUCUCCUUCUCUCCCCCCAUUUCCUUCCUCCCCCACCUUGUUUUUACCUGGAAUUACACACGAACCUGUGUGGUGCUUGGAGCCAAACGUAGGACUGUAAUGGUCAGAGGAUCCAGUCUUCUGGCACUGAAACAGGACUGUCUGUGGGUACCAUGGCUCUGAACCACAGGGGUGGCCACUCGGCUUGGCGCCGGCCAGAGGUCUGGCUCUUGGUGUGGAAUGCCCUGUGCCAGCUGGGUGCCCGCGGCUGCCCUGCUCUCUGCACCUGCACAGGGACGACUGUGGAUUGCCAUGGCAUGGGGCUCAGAGCCGUGCCCAAAAACAUCCCGCGUAACACUGAGAGACUGGAACUCAACGGGAAUAACAUCACUCGGAUCCACAAGAAUGACUUUGCAGGACUGAAGCAGCUUCGAGUGCUACAACUGAUGGAAAAUCAGAUUGGAGCAGUGGAGCGAGGAGCUUUUGAUGACAUGAGGGAUCUGGAGCGACUACGACUGAACCGGAACCAUCUGCACUUGUUACCAGAACUACUGUUCCAGAAUAACCAGGCACUUUCAAGACUGGAUCUGAGUGAGAAUGCCAUCCAGGCCAUCCCCAGGAAAGCAUUCCGUGGAGCCACUGACUUAAAAAACCUACAGCUGGAUAAGAACCAGAUAAGCUGUAUUGAAGAUGGGGCUUUUAGAGCUCUCCGGGGCCUAGAAGUGCUGACACUGAAUAACAACAACAUCACUACCAUCCCUGUCUCCAGCUUCAAUCACAUGCCCAAGCUCCGAACUUUCCGUUUACACUCCAACCACCUUUUCUGUGAUUGCCACUUGGCCUGGCUCUCUCAGUGGCUAAGGCAACGUCCUACCAUUGGGCUCUUCACACAGUGUUCAGGACCUGCCUCCCUGCGAAGUCUCAAUGUGGCUGAGGUCCAGAAGAGUGAGUUCAGCUGCUCAGGACAAGGGGAGGCUACCCGGUCCCCUGUGUGCACCCUGUCCUUAGGAUCCUGCCCACCCAUGUGUGCCUGCAGCAAUGGGAUUGUGGACUGCCGUGGCAAAGGACUCACCGCUAUUCCGGCCAACCUGCCUGAGACCAUGACAGAGAUCCGGCUGGAGCUCAAUGGCAUCAAAUCAAUACCCCCCGGAGCCUUUUCUCCCUACAGAAAGCUAAGGAGGAUAGACCUGAGCAACAACCAGAUAUCUGAGAUUGCUCCUGAUGCAUUCCAGGGUCUCCGUUCCUUGAACUCUCUUGUUCUUUACGGAAACAAGAUCACAGACCUGCCCAAGGGAGUGUUUGGAGGGCUCUACACCCUGCAAUUGCUCCUUCUUAAUGCCAACAAGAUCAACUGCAUCCGAGCUGAUGCCUUCCAAGAUCUCCAGAACCUGUCCCUGCUCUCGCUAUAUGACAACAAGAUCCAGAGCCUGGCUAAGGGGACCUUCACCUCCCUCCGAGCCAUCCAGACCCUGCACCUGGCUCAAAAUCCGUUCAUCUGUGACUGUAACCUGAAGUGGCUGGCAGAUUUCUUACGCACUAACCCCAUCGAGACCAGUGGAGCCCGUUGCGCCAGUCCCCGCCGUCUGGCCAACAAGCGCAUUGGGCAGAUCAAAAGCAAGAAAUUCAGGUGCUCAGCAAAAGAGCAAUACUUCCUUCCAGGCACAGAGGAUUACCGGUUGAACAGCGAAUGCAACAGUGAUGCCGUCUGUCCCCACAAGUGCCGCUGUGAAUCCAAUGUGGUGGAAUGCUCCAACCUGAAACUCACCAAGAUCCCAGAGCGCAUCCCCCAGUCCACCGCAGAGCUACGGUUGAACAACAAUGAAAUCUCAAUAUUAGAGGCCACUGGGAUUUUUAAAAAACUUCCACAUCUGAAGAAAAUCAACCUCAGCAACAACAAGGUAUCAGAGAUAGAAGAUGGUGCCUUCGAGGGGGCAGCCUCAGUGAGUGAGUUGCACUUGACCGUGAACCAGUUGGAAUCCAUCCGGAGCGGCAUGUUCCGGGGUCUGGAUGGUCUAAGGACCCUAAUGCUGAGGAACAACCGCAUCAGCUGCAUCCACAACGACAGCUUCACAGGCCUUCGGAAUGUCCGGCUCCUCUCUCUUUAUGACAACCAGAUCAGCACCAUCUCACCUGGAGCCUUUGACACCCUCCAGUCCCUCUCCACUCUAAAUCUCCUGGCUAAUCCAUUCAACUGUAACUGCCAGCUGGCCUGGCUUGGGGACUGGCUCCGGAAGAGGAAGAUCGUGACGGGGAACCCCCGGUGUCAGAACCCAGACUUCUUACGGCAGAUCCCACUCCAGGACGUGGCCUUCCCCGACUUCAGGUGUGAGGAAGGUCAGGAGGAAGGAGGCUGCCUCCCACGGCCGCAGUGCCCACAGGAAUGCACCUGCCUUGACACUGUGGUUCGCUGCAGCAACAAGCACCUUCGGAGUCUCCCCAAGGGCAUCCCCAAGAAUGUCACUGAACUCUACCUGGAUGGUAACCAGUUCACUCUGGUCCCUGCCCAGCUCUCCACCUUCAAGUACCUGCAGCUCGUGGACUUGAGCAACAAUAAAAUCGGCUCCUUGAGUAAUUCCUCAUUCACCAACAUGAGCCAGCUCACUACCCUGAUUCUCAGCUACAAUUCUCUUCAGUGCAUCCCACCACUGGCUUUUGAGGGUCUCCGUUCUCUCCGGCUGCUGUCUCUCCAUGGCAACGACAUCUCCACUCUCCGUGAGGGCAUCUUCACCGAUGUGACUUCCCUAUCUCAUCUGGCCAUUGGAGCCAAUCCACUCUACUGCAACUGCCACCUUCGCUGGCUCUCCAGUUGGGUCAAAACAGGUUACAAGGAACCUGGCAUUGCCCGAUGUGCUGGACCCCCUGACAUGGAAGGCAAGCUGCUCCUCACGACUCCUGCUAAGAAGUUUGAAUGCCAAGGCCCUCCUUCCAUAACUGUGCAAGCCAAAUGUAACCCCUGCCUAUCCAAUCCAUGUCAGAACCAGGGAACCUGUCAGAAUGACCCUCUGGAGUCCUAUAGAUGUACCUGCCCCAGUGGCUACAAGGGCAGAGACUGUGAAAUGUCACUCAACAGUUGCUCCAGUGGCCCCUGUGAAAAUGGCGGAACCUGUCACUCCUCCCAAACAGGAGAGGGCUCCGGGUUCACGUGUUCCUGCCCAGUGGGAUUUGAGGGUCCAACCUGUGGGGUGAACACAGACAACUGCAGAGAUCAUGCCUGUGAGAACGGGGGCAUCUGUGUGGAUGGCGUCAACAACUACACAUGUUUAUGCCCCUUUCAAUACACAGGAAGGAUCUGUGAACAGUUGGUGGACUUCUGUUCUCUAAAUUUAAACCCAUGUCAACAUGGUGCCAAAUGUGUUGGUACUCCAGAAGGGCCCAAGUGUGAAUGUACCCCAGGCUAUGUGGGUGACAACUGUAGCAUAAACUACAAUGACUGCAUAGAUCAUCAAUGCCAGAAUGGUGCCCAUUGUGUAGAUGAAGUGAAUGGUUACUCUUGCCUUUGUGAAGAAGGAUACAGUGGGCAGCUGUGUGAGAUGGCCUCCCAGCCCCUAAAGCCCCUGAGCCCCUGCGAGGGAGCCGAAUGCCAGAACGGGGCUAACUGUGUGGACCUCGGUAACAGGCCUGUGUGUCAGUGUCUGCCAGGCUUUGGUGGCCCAGAGUGUGAGAAGCUGUUGAGUGUCAACUUUGUGGACAGAGACACUUAUCUACAAUUCACUGACCUGCAGAACUGGCCCCGGGCAAACAUCACCCUGCAGGUCGCCACAGCGGAAGACAACGGAAUCCUGCUGUACAAUGGCGACAACGACCACAUCGCUGUGGAGCUGUACCAAGGGCACGUGAGGGUCAGCUACGAUCCAGGCAGCUACCCCAGCUCGGCUAUCUACAGCGCCGAGACCAUCAAUGAUGGCCAGUUCCACACAGUCGAACUUGUCACCUUUGACCAGAUGGUGAAUCUCUCCAUCGAUGGCGGCAGCCCCAUGACCAUGGACAACUUUGGCAAACACUACACCCUCAACAGCGAGGCCCCACUCUACGUGGGAGGGAUGCCUGUGGACGUGAAUUCAGCCGCCUUCCGGCUGUGGCAGAUCCUCAACGGCACCAGCUUCCACGGCUGCAUCCGCAACCUGUACAUCAACAACGAGCUGCAGGACUUCACCAAGACGCAGAUGCAGCCGGGCGUGGUGCCGGGCUGCGAGCCCUGCCGGAAGCUCUACUGUCUCCACGGCAUCUGCCAGCCCAACGCCGCCCACGGGCCCGUCUGCCACUGCGAGCCCGGCUGGGGGGGCCCCCACUGCGACCAGCAGGUCGGCAACCCCUGCCAGGGGCACAAGUGCGUACAUGGGACCUGCUUGCCCCUGGACGCUCUGUCGUACAGUUGCCAGUGCCAAGAAGGGUACACAGGAGCUCUGUGCAACCAGCCAGGGGAGCCACCAGAUCCCUGUGAGAACCUUCAUUGUCUACAUGGGCACUGCCAGAUUUCCACCGAGGGGGCCGCGCACUGUGUGUGCGACAGUGGCUUUGCUGGGGAGCUGUGUGAGCAAGUGCAACCAGAAGAAUGGAGCUUCUCUCCAAAUCUGCAUGGCGUCUUCUCUUCUCCAGGACACACUCCCAGCCUUGAGCAUCCUGAGUCCAAGUGCCAGGGGGACCCUGUUCGGGAUUUCCAUCAGGUCCAGAGGGGCUAUGCCAUCUGCCAGACCACCCGCCCGCUGUCCUGGGUCGAGUGUCGGGGCUCCUGCCUGGGCCAGGGCUGCUGCACAGGGCUGCGGAUGAAACGGAGGAGAUUCACCUUUGAGUGCAGCGAUGGUUCCUCAUUUGUGGAGGAGGUGGAAAAGGCCAUCAAGUGUGGCUGCGCUAGCUGCAUGUAGCGCCAGAAGGGCCCCAAGCUGGGCUGAUGGUGGGGGAGGGUGGGUGGGAACGGGGGAGGGCGGGGGGUUGCGGUGGGGUGGGGAACGACCACAACCAAGACAGAUGCCAGGAUGUGGAUGGUCAGUGCAGCCAGGAUAGGUGUGGACGGUGGACUGCAACAGCCGGGGCAACACAAGCAACUGUACUGACAUUUGUAGACAGCCAUGUGGCAGGAAACAUGGCCACUGGAAGUGAGGGAAGGACAGGCCAGGACGACUGCUGGUGGGCAGAACUUGUGUGUAGCUAGAUUCCCCCCGCCCCCUUUUUGAAGCUCAAAACAGAACGGCAGCUGUGGGCACUGGGGCUGAGCUGAGCUGCUCUGUGUUGUCGGCUUGCCCGCUUCCUAGGGCCGGCUUGAAGUGCCUUGCACAUAGUAGGCGCUCAAUAAAUAUUUGUUGAACGAAUGAAUGAGUGAGUGAGGUUGGGGAGGGGCAGAGCCUUUGCCCAAAUCCCUUCCUUUCAGAUGCCAGGCCACUCAACCUGGGUUGGAUCUACCCAUCUGCGCUCAACUCUUUCUUCCUCCGCCCGUGGCUAGGACGCGGCAGACACCCGGCCCCCACUGCGUGGCACGUGGCCCAGACGCGCUCUCGCCUCUGCAGGCUGCCAGCCCCUAGAACCAAGCCGGUUCGGAGCCGGUCCGGAGCCGGUCCUGGAGGUUUUCUCCAGGCUCCUCGCGCAUGCUUCCUGUGCCUGAGAGAAUGUCUUCGGGCUCACAGACUGAACUACAUAACCGCGCUGAUGUGGACGGUUCAUCCAGCCUCCCUCCCUGGGAAAGGACUGUACCUGAGAACAAUUCUGAGCGCUCUUAGUGGCCUGGGACUGGUCCUAUGGGGGUCCGGCCACAUUGGGAACCCGAGCUUCCCGGAACACGGGGUAGCGGCUCUGAGAACUUCUGAAAACUCAGCAUCUCUCACCGAUCCCCGGCUGACGGGGGCAUCCAUCAGAUAGAAACACACAAGCGGGAGGCACUGAACAGCUCUGGGAACUUGCGUCCCAGGAUGGAAGUGGGGAUAGCGGUUGUUGGUGAGAAACAACUUCUUGUUAGUUCUUCCCCUUCUCACGCUUCCCAGGCAUCAGCAACGUCCUUUCACGGAGGCAGGUUUUGGCUGCAGAACAGUCUCGUCCCACAGCUCCCUUCCCAGCAUUCUUCACUUAGAAGGGAGAAGAGACACCUAGUUAAGUUCCUAGAGCGGGCCGAUUUCCCUAGUUAAUGAUUGGACCUGGGAGUGAGCUAAGAGAGGGCACUAUUAGGGUGAGGGGAGGACAGUCGCCUGGGGCCACAGCCAUGAAACCAAGAAUAGCAAGUCGUUCUUUAAAAAGUGGUCCAGGAAAAUCUGUCUGAGCCAGGGAAACUAUCCGAGUGUUUACUGAGUCGCUUAAGUACUAGCAUUGAGAGGAAUGAUUUCUGAGUUGUGCAAAGGGGACAAAUGCUUAUGCAGCAGAAGCCUUCAUUUUGGCUGUGGAAGUGGGUUCAUGAAGAAAAGUUAAGCCCUCCAUCAAGACUGCCUUCUUAACCUUCUGUCCCUCCAACUGCCCUCCUCAGUCUCAGCAGGACCCACGAUCUCCCUGAGUCAUAGGCCAGAAUAAUAGGUAUGAAUAAGGCUUUGUGCGUCGUGCUCAAUUCAUCCCACCCAACCAGGUUCAUUUCUGGGGCAUCAUUCUGGGUGGCCCAUUCACUACAAAAGCCCUGCCCAGUACAGGAAAAUGGAAAGAAAACUGGAUUCAGACGCAGAUGACCUGGGUACUAAGCUCAGUUAGCUCUGUCGCUAAGUUGCUGUGGGACUUUUGGUAAGCCAUUUCAAGCCCAUUUCUUCGUCUGUAAAAUGAGUCUUUUGUAGGAAAUAAUUAUAGCCCUUUUCAGAUCUAGGAUUCCAAUUCUCUCUCAGUAUUUGGAUCAACAUUUUCUAGCUUUGGUCACAACUUUCUAGGUUUCUAGGAUUAAGGGGUUGGGAGACAGAAUCACUUUAUGGAGGCACAGAAGGUAUUGUGGAGCUCUAGUCUGAAUAGGCUGGGAGAAUCCAAGAGGUGAACUAUUUUGAGGGGGAACUCAGUGAGACUUUGAUCAGGGAACUACGAGGGACAGGUUAGCAGAGAAGCUGGGAAAAAACCACACCCAAUCCUUUGAGUUAGAAAACAUUUAUCAAAAUAAAAACUGAAAUGUUAACCAACAAGUAUUUAUUAAGCACUAUGCUAGUAGGCACAGUCAAUGGGAGGGAUACAGAGAAGCAGAAGUCAUAAUCCCUGACUUUAAGUAGCCUACAUUCAGGAACGUAGGACUAAAGUUUGGCAGUAAAAACAGUGUCAUGGACUAUACAGACUGUUGGGGUUGGGAGGAAAGGGAUUCUCAGUGAGAGCUGAAUGAGUCAAAGAAAGCUUCAGCAAAGGAUAUGGCUCAGUGGCUCCACUCUUGACCGGUAGGAUGAGAUCACCAGACAUCGGAAUAUAAAAGGGAGGCAGCUGAAAGUGGAAAUGGAGUAUGAGAAGAACCACAAUUAACACUCACUAAAUUGUUGACCAUCCACAAAUAAAAAUUCCACUUGUAAAUGGAAUUGAAUUGAUUAUGAAUUUAAGUAUUAUGAAAUUUAAAAUAAACAUGAAAUUUCAUUUUUUUAUUCUAAAACACCAACCUGGCUAGAGGGGCCAAAGGAGGAGAAAGGCCACAGCUUCCUUUUGCCAUAUUAUUUGAGAUCCUGUCUAGAUGUCAUUAGAACAGGGGUUUUUAACUUGGUACCCAUGAACUUAAAAAAAAAAAAAAGAUAUUUUGAUAACUGCA